AUGUUUGAAAAACCUUAUAUCAGUAACUUUUCCGUGUGGGACUAUGUUGUGUUUGGUGCCCUCUUAGUUGUUUCGGCAAGCAUUGGAGUCUUCUUUGCAAUUAAAGAAAGGAGAAAAAAGACAUCCAAUGAAUUCUUGGUCGGUGGGAGACAGAUGACCUGUGGACCUGUGGCUCUAUCACUAACUGCUAGUUUUAUGUCUGCAAUUACCGUUCUGGGGGCUCCAUCAGAAGUUGUCCGAUAUGGAGCACACUACCUCUGGUUCCUUAUUGCCUAUACUUUUGUGAUCACAAUUUCUGCUGAACUCUUUGUACCAGUAUUCUACAGGUCUGGGAUUACUAGCACUUAUGAAUACCUGGAAUUUCGGUUUAGCAGAGCUGUCCGUUAUUUUGCUACUAUUAUGUAUAUUUUACAAACGAUCCUCUACACUGGAGUAGUAGUAUAUGCACCAGCUUUGGCCUUGAAUCAGGUCACUGGAUUUGAUCUGUGGGGAUCUGUGUUUGCCACUGGCAUUGUCUGCACCUUUUACUGCACAUUGGGAGGGCUCAAGGCGGUUGUAUGGACAGAUGCUUUUCAGAUGGUUGUGAUGGUUGUUGGAUUUUUAUCAGUUCUUGUUGAGGGCACCAUCCAAAAUGGAGGUCCAAGCGAAGUAUGGAAGACAGCUAUGAACGCAUAUGGAACACGCUUGGACAUUGUUGAUUUCAGUGUAGAUCCACUAAGAAGACAUACCUUCUGGACUAUUGCGGUUGGAGGGACAUUUACAUGGCUAGGUAUUUAUGGGGUCAACCAGUCAACUAUUCAGAGAUGCAUUUCCUGCAAAUCAGAAAAAAACAUGCAAAACUCCUUAUAUCUUAACCUGGUAGGACUGUGGGUGAUCUUGGUUUGCGCUGUGUUCUCUCUGGCUUGGUCAUGUAUGCACACUACCAAGGUUGUGAUCCUUGGACUGCAGGAUUUAUAA